CGCUUCAAUGCACGUUUUUCCCCUCAUUCUUUUCAGCCACUAUAUAAAUAAGGAUCUUCAAAAAAGAUAUAAAAUACUCCAGUAUCUUCUUCUUUAUUUUUUCUACUUUCUUUUUUCUGUUCUUUUUUAUUUUUUGAAAUGCCAUAUCAAACAACUGCUGCGCCAUCAGGCGAACCAAUCAAAAUGACAAUCUCCGAAAGAAGAGCCACUUACCCAUUACAAGAACGAAUAAAAAUAUAUAACCCAGAUACAAUGGCACGAAAAUUAAACCAACUGGAGAAGCAACCGACAAAACUGGUGGUUCACGGUGUUAAUAUUUUAAAUAAAAUGAGUAUCGAUAGCGACACAGCCAUGAGUAGAAUUAAACAAAGGAGAGAAACGCAUAAUAGAGUCGAAAGAAGAAGGAGAGAUAACUUGAACACAUUAGUGAACGAACUAUCGGAUCUAGUGCCUAGAUCAUGUAUAGAAAAAAGUGGAGGCGAAAAAUGCCAUAGGGCCAAAGUGUUACGUUAUGCAAUCGAAUAUAUUAAGACUAUACAAGGAGAAAACUCUCAAAUGCGAGAACAAUUGGGUAUUAUUUCCCCUGGUGUCGUAGUUGAAACAAGUAAUACAUCCUAUUGUUCUGAAUCCUCAUCUUCGUCGUCCGAAGAUUCCGACACCCCUGCCCAUUCAAAAGAACACGGUUACACCAUACUGUAAAAAUAAGCAUUUUUUUACACAUAUAAUAAAGAU